GGGCCGUUCCUCCCGGCGUGCUCCGCGGCGCCCGGCUCACUCCAGCCCCUUGGCUGGUGGGACGGGGCCGAAAUGGUCGCGCCCGGCGCUGGGGCGACUCGGCUGCUCCUGCUCUUGCUGAUGGCGGCAGCAGCCCCCAGCCGGGCGCGGGGUAGUGGUUGCCGGUCCGGGGCCGCUGUGCGGGGGGCGGGGGCAGAAGGUCGAGAGGGUGAGGGCUGCGGCGCCGUGGGGCUGCUGCUGGAGCACUCAUUUGAGAUCGAUGACAGUGCUCACUUCCGGAAGCGGGGCUCGCUGCUCUGGAACCAGCAAGAUGGCACUUUGUCUUUGUCGCAGCGGCAGCUCAGCGAGGAGGAGCGGGGCCAGCUCCGGGAUGUGGCCGCGCUGAAUGGCCUGUACCGUGUCCGGAUUCCACGGCGGCCUGGGGCCCCUGACGGCCCAGAAGCCGGUGGCUACGUCUCCUCCUUUGUCCCCGCGUGCUCCCUGGUAGAGUCGCACCUCUCGGACCAGCUGACCCUGCACGUGGACGUGGCCGGCAACGUGGUGGGGGUGUCGGUGGUGACGUACCCUGGAGGCUGCCGGGGCCACGAGGUGGAGGACGUGGACCUGGAGCUGUUCAACACCUCAGUGCAGCUGCAGCCGCCGGUCCCGGCGCCAGGGCCCGAGACGGCAGCCUUCAUCGAGCGCUUGGAGAUGGAGCAGGCCCAGAAGGCCAAGAACCCCCAGGAGCAGAAGUCUUUUUUUGCGAAAUACUGGAUGUACAUCAUUCCCGUGGUCCUGUUCCUCAUGAUGUCGGGAGCACCGGACGCCGGGGGCCAGGGCGGGGGUGGCGGCGGCGGCGGAGGUGGUGGCCGGUGAGGGGCCCAGGGCCCGUGAGUGCCCCAUCCUCUUUCGCUCAGCGGACGCCCUUCCUGCCCAGCGUGCUCGUGUCCUUGGUCAUCACAGGAAGGAUUUGCCGGCCCCUCCUGUCUCCCCGUCGCAUGAGGGUAGGAGAGCGCCCCCUCCCCAGGAGUCCCUUCCCUCUGGGCCUUGGCGUUACUGGUGGCGGAAGGGCGGCGGGUUCUGGGCCCUGCUGCACCCCGCCCUCCCCUGUGGCCCUGCUGUAGCCCCAGAGGCUUCCCUUUGCCACAGGGUAGAGCCCAAGCUCCUGGUCCAGCUCUGACCUCACUUCUGGUUCUCCCCACUCCACCCCCUGAGGCCCUGCAGUUUGGGAACAUGCCUAGUUCUCUCCAGCCUCUGUGCCUUUGUUGUGGUCUUCUCGCCCUGCCUGGCCAGGUUAGAUGAUACCCCUAACUUGUCUGACACUGGAUUGGGACACCAGCCUCCUGUCUGUCUGCCCUUGAGGGCACCCUGGGCUCCUCGCAGCCCAGAGCUGGCACAGAGCGGGGGGGGUGGGGGGCUGGCCACGGGUGCCCCCUUUUCCAUCCCUCCGUGCAGCCCUGUACCCUGUUUUGGCCUAUAUCUGCCCACGGCUCUGAGUGGGAGUUGAGAAUUCCUGCCAUCAGGAUGCCAGGCCCUCCAUAGGCUUCUGGGCUUGAAGAAGUGAUGUUGAAAGUCAAAACAAACAUUUAGUGGAGUCAGGGGCCAGAUGAUGUAAAUAGAAUCCCUUUCCUGGCUUGGGUAUCUUCCCUGGGACUUUGCUGGGUCCUUGCUAUCUAUAUCUCCUCCUCCUUUCGUCUAUUUAAAAACAUUGACAAGGCAACAUAUUGAAAUAGGUAAACAUUUUGGAAAGUUACAACUUGCAGCAGCCAGUGCAACUGUUGACUUGGCUAAGAGGCAGUCAGGAUGUACCAGUGCUGCUGAAUUCCCUUGGUCACUGUGUGUGUUAUUCAGAAACACCAAAAAAUGGCUGCCAUUGUCAUGGUAACGGCUGCAUCAGGCUCCACGGUGUCUGGGUAGCAGAUUAUUAAACGGUCCCCCAAACGUUCAACGUUCA